UCAGACAGGUCUUUGGUCGACCUCUCUCCUUUGGCAGAGCUCCUACAGGGAUUGAAACCCAGCAUCUACACGUGGCCCGGACAGGGUUAGGAUUCACACUGGUGACCCGUGGACAGUUCAGCAGCAGUUUGUGAUACGAUGGUUGCAACAGUGAGGGCAGCGGUCUGCCUGUGUCUUUGGCUGUUAGUGUGUCAGGUCAGAGGCUCAUACAUCCCACAGAGGAUGAACAAGACCAUCCAGAACCUUCUAAAGCACUAUAAAAUUUCAGAUGACCAAAGGUAUGAUGGGAAACCUGUCUUCUCCAAAAAACUACCUAUUAAUAAAACUGAGACAAAGAUGGUGUACAUAGGUGGUGUUUUGGAGAAGUAUGAAGAGCUGAUUGGACAUAUGUUGAGUGAGCUGCCCACCCCAAGACCCCAGACCGCCACGGACCAGCAGCACCUCACCUCGGCUUUCACACCUGGUGUCGGAACCAACACUGAGGCAGGAGUAGGGGAUAAUGUGAGGGUGGAGCUGAAAUACCUCCUGAGUAAAAUCAAGGAGCUUAAGAGACACCAUUACGAGGAGGAAGGAAAAGUCGCCAAGGAGCUGUUUUCUCUGAAAAAAAUCCAGAUGAAUGACAUUGUAACCCAGAGCAAAGCUCUGGGGAACCUGCAGUGGUGGUACGACGAGGCCAGCACUUUGAAAAAACAGCAGCAGAUACAGAGGCAGCGGCGGCGACGGAGGCGGCAAGCAAGGAGGGUUAAAACCCAUCCAAGAGCCUGAGAUGCAGAAAACGACCCAAGUGAACAGGCAAAAACAACAAACACAAAAUGAUAAAAUAUUUAAAGUGAAAUUGUAAUUUAACUGAAAAAAUAAUUUUAUGGAGAAGUAAUUCAACAUGAUAAAAUAUUCAGAUUGAAACCAAACUACCGACUUACAUUUUUCAGUUUUAAGAGACAUUGAAAGAGAAUAUUUAAGAUAAGAUAUAUUUAUAUUUAGACACAUAUUUAUAAUAAAACAACAAGCCAGCAGCCAAAGCCAAAUGGUAGUAUUUUUGUAUAAAGUCUAGAUUUUUAUUUUUUAAAAGAUGUUUAAUACUUGAAACAGGCCCUAUCUACUGAUACUAGGAGACAUCUAUCACUGCAGAGGAAGAAUUGAAAACUAAUGACAUAAAACAUUGAGUUUCACUUACUUUACUUUUAUUUACAUGUUUUAUAUAUGUACUUUACAUCUUAAGUUAUGGCAGAAAAUGUGUUUUUUGAUGCCACUGUGACCUUGACCUUAGACCUCUUAAGUCACUCAGUUCCUCCUUUAGUCCAAGUGCAUGUUUUUGCCUAAUUUAAUGACAUCAAGCCAUUUCUGAAAAAUCAUAUUUUAAUCGAGGAUCAUCUAAAAAGCACAUUUUUUUUCCACAUGUGAAAUGUAAUACUUACUGUAAUACUAAAUGAAACCUGGAUGUUCUACCUAUAACAUGUGAAAUGUGGUAAAAUAUCAAAAACUCCCAUGUUUAUUUUUAAUGCAAAGGUAUAACACAGGAAAUCCCUAAACAUGACACAUGCUGGUCUGGAAAAUUUCUACAUGGGAUAUGGUUUCCAACAUGAGAUCAAUGUGUUAUACAUGUGACAACUUCACAUGCAGAAUGAUUCCUCUUGUCAUCGUUCAUCCAUGAAAUCUGCAAAUCUCUGUGUUUGUCUUAAGCUGUUGUUCAGCCAAAGUGCAACUUGUUCACUUAUCAAGGAACUCCACCAUUGUCACCAUUCAGUGUGUCUACUAUAUGAACUUUUGAUGAGGAUGAUGAUACUUACAGUGCAAAGUACACCAAUUUAAUACUGCCAUGCUAAGAUGUACUACAAGACAUUCAGAUCCAGUACUGAAGUACUUCACUCUAGACUCUACUACUGCAGUAGAAGGGCUGUUAAAUAUAGAUUUUACUGACAUAUUUGUAAUGUUAUGUAUUUAUUUUGUGUUAUUUAAAGUGUUUUAAUUUAAUUUUAAUUUUAUUUUGAGGAGGAUGGUUGAUUAUUUAUUAUGUAUUUAUUGA